AUGCCCCCCGCCAUCACUCACAAAAAUCACACCCGCGUGCGGGUAGGGCGUCUGCGCAGAGCAUCCACUGCUGCAGCGAACCCCUUCGAGGUCGUCGAGCGUAUCCGCCGCCACACGUCCGAAAAGUCACUGUUUUACUCUGAUGUCUACCGGCGCAUCAAUAGCGGCAAUUACCGCCUCACCGAUGCCAUUGAUGACGCGUCUUUCCUAUCCGACAUGGACAAGGCCUCUGGGAGAUUUGUCCUGGCCGAGAUUGUCGCGAUCGAGGGGCGGAUGCACGUGGUGGAGUGCGCGUACCGGUGGGCGAGGGGGGCCGGAAUCGUGGACGUGCUCAACGGCCCAGACCCUGACGAGAUGCGCGACGCAGCCCUCGCGCCUUUGAUUCGCAACCAGCGCUCUUUCGACCGACUGUUCGUCAACGUCCAGGCGCUACUGUGCGACAUUGACGCCGUCGAGGGCCAGGUGCGCACGCUAGGCUUCCUUCUCGAGAUACUAGAAAUAAUUUAG